AUGCAGAAAGUGCAGCAGCUUAAUGGCUACGCCUCUGUACCUCUAUUCCAGAGUUCACCAGUCAUACUGGUUGAUUUGGUCCGCGGCGGGUUCCAGCCGCGCCUUCCGACUUCGUUGCCGCCCCCAGGGCAGCAGCAGCAGCAGCCGUCGCCGCUACCGCGCCGACAGCCCGUCCCGUUGAUGCCUCCCGCGCAGCUUUAUCCGGGAGCGCCCCAGGUGGUCGCUCCGGCGCCUGCGGUCCCUCUUCAGUCGCCACCGCCUUCGGAGCUGAUGGACGUCGACCCCUCAGCCGGGCCGCCUUCCCAAGCGGUGGCUGUGCAGCCUGUCCUGCAGCCGCUUUCCUUGGGCACCCCCAAGGAGUCUGACACCGCAGCGCCUUGUCCGGCGCCCACUCAGCAGCCGUCGACGCAGCGUCAGGAGACGCUUCCUCUCUUCGUGGGUCCCGACGCCCCGUCGCGUCCAGUACCAGAAGCUGCGCCCGUAGCCACAGGCGUGCACCCUGACCUCGGUUUUCAGUCGGUGUUUCCCGAGGCCCCGCGCAGUUAA